AUGGGAAGAACACGAUUUAAUGCAAAAGCGCGACAAGUCGUUAAGACAAAUAUUGACAACACGGAAACCAGUGAGAUUCAUUUAGAGUUUUCUAAGAGUGAAUAUGGAUCCAGCGAUCAAAAUAAUUUACUGGCUUUGCCCUCCAAGAAAAGAGAAACUAAAAUUGUUAAAGAAAAGAAAGAGAAGACAAGAUUCUUGUCUAAGGCACAAAGGAAGAGAUUAGAAAAAAUUGUUGAAAAGAAGCACAAAAAGGAGAAUCGAGCUUCACUGCUGGAAUCCUUAUCCAAAGUGCAGGCUUCAGCAGACGAGGUUAAACAAUUGACGGCCAUCUCUGCUGUGCAGACUAUAGGCUUACGUCGAUUGCAAGAAUUUGAUUCAGAACUACCCAAACAAAAACUUGUUGAAGAUACUGUUAAAAAGUUUAGUAGUAUAGCUGGAGCUAAGAAGCGCUUAAGACUUUUAAAAAUGGAUAAUGCUGAAAAAUUAAAAAAGAAAAAAUACGACCCUGAUGUAGUUGGCUUAGAAGAAUCAUCAGAAGAAAGUUCCGACUCUGAAGAUACUGAUAGUGAUGAACCAGAAAUUGUAAAUAAUGAAAAAGAUACUGGAAUCGAGAGUGUGCCUGAGCCUGAUACAGUUGAUAAUGUGAAUAGCAAAAAUGGAAACUGUGAUACUAUGGAAAAAGAAGAUAUAGAAUUGGAAAAAUCUAAAAAUAAAUCGAAGGAGAAGAAUGUAGUUAAGGAUACCAAAACAAAAGAAGUAAAAAUUGAAAAUAAACCUUUACUAAACCAUCCUACAGUUAAUGUAGAAGUAAAAAGGGAUCCUAAGAUACAGGUGGCCAGAUUAAAACUGCCAAUACUAGGCGAGGAACAAAGAAUAAUGGAAUUGAUCAACGAGAAUGAGUUUCUAAUCAUUGCUGGUGAAACAGGCAGUGGUAAAACAACUCAACUUCCACAAUUCUUAUAUGAAGCCGGUUACGCAGGACAAAAAAUGAUAGGUGUGACAGAACCUCGCCGUGUGGCUACCGUGGCAAUGUCAGUGCGAGUUGGAUAUGAACUGGGACUCACAAGCAAGGAAGUCUCGUACCUCAUGAGGUUUGAGGGUAACGCUUCGAAGGAUACCAAAAUCAAGUUCAUGACUGAUGGUGUUCUUCUAAAAGAAAUCCAGUCAGACUUCCUCCUUAGCAAAUACUCUGUUAUAAUCAUCGAUGAAGCUCACGAAAGGAGCGUGUACACAGACAUAUUGCUUGGCCUCCUGUCUAGGAUUGUACCGCUCAGGAGGAAGCGAGGAAGUCCACUUCGAUUAAUUAUUAUGUCCGCUACACUAAGGGUGGAGGACUUUACAGAGAAUACUAGGUUGUUCAAGCAACCGCCUCCCGUUAUUAAGAUAGAUUCAAGGCAGUUCCCCGUGACAGUGCACUUCAACAAGCAUACAAACAGCGAUUACUUAAAAGAGGCUUACAAAAAAUCUGUCAAAAUUCACACGCGGUUGCCGGACGGAGGAAUACUUAUAUUUGUCACUGGACAACAAGAGGUAAAUUAUCUAGUCCGUAAGCUAAGAGCCGCAUUUCCGUAUCGUAAGGACGUGGACUAUUCCAAAUUGAUCACGAGGACGAAAACUAGUGACGCUGAUGCGGCUCUGGACUCGGAUCCUGACGACAUCGAGUCUGAUGACGAUGAGGUUGAAAAAGAAAUGAAACGAGCACGUAAAGCUCGUAGAAAAGCAAAGCAGAAGAUAAAAACCUUGCCUAAGAUAAAUCUGGAUGAUUAUGACAUGCCUGAAGACGAUGGUCAGGCUGACUUAGUGGGGGAGGAUGAUGACAGCGAAGGUCACCUUAGUGAUUCAGAUACUGAGGAAGACUCCCUCACAGCCUCCAUAAAGUCAUGCCGCCAGCCGCUCUGGGUCCUCCCUCUGUACUCUAUGCUGAGCUCUUCAAAGCAAGCUCGUGUGUUCCAACCCCCUCCAGUGGGUAGUCGCUUGUGUGUGGUGAGCACAGACGUCGCAGAGACAUCCCUCACCAUACCAGCUGUUAGAUACGUCGUUGAUAGCGGAAAGAAGAAAAUGCGUGUUUAUGACCACGUGACGGGGGCGAGUGCGUGGCGAAUAGUGUGGACAUCCCAGGCCAGUGCGGAGCAGCGUUCGGGCCGAGCGGGGCGGGUCAGCUCCGGCCACGCCUACCGCCUCUACAGCAGCGCGGUGUUCCAGCACGACUGUCCGGACCAGCACCCGCCCGACCUGUGCCGGAGGCCUGUCGAUGACCUGGUGCUUACUAUGAAGUGCAUGGGCAUUGAUAAGGUAGUUAACUUCCCAUUCCCAACGGCUCCAGAUCGGUUGCAGCUGCGUUUAGCCGAGAAGAGGCUGGAGACUCUCGGUAUACUUGAGAAACCUGAAGUCAAGAACAUAAGGAUUGAUGAGGAAGAGAUACUGAAAGUGACCCCACUUGGCAAGGCUGUGUCAGCGUUUCCGUUGCUGCCUCGUUACGGGAAGAUGUUGGCCUUGAGUCACCAGCAGAACUUAUUGGCUUACACCAUUGCUUUGGUGUCAGCACUCACUGUUCCUGAGGUAAUGUCGGGUAAACCAGAAAGCUGGCCAGCAACUGGCAACAUACUAUUGUUGGGCGAUCUUGGAGUAUUGUUAAGAGCAGUCGGCGCAGCAGAGUAUGCUCAUAUCAAAGGAGAAGAAGAAAUAUUCUGCGCUAAAUACGGAUUGAGAGAGAAGGCAGUAAAAGAAAUCCGCAAACUUCGCAAACAAUUAACUUCAGAAAUAAACUUGAGCGUGGCCGGAGUAAACGUCGCAGUAGACCCAGAGAUGAAACCACCAGAUGACAACCAAACCAGACUCCUACGACAGUUGGUACUCAGUGGACUAGGAGACCAGGUUGGCAGAAAGAUAGCUCUAGAAGAAGUUAAGCAGGGUGAAGACAAGCGCAAAUAUAAAUACGCCUACCACACCGGCGAACUUGAAGAGCCCGUCCAUCUUCACUCUGAGUCCAUCCUUCGUAAAACCAUCCCCGAAUGGGUGGUGUUCCAGGAGUUGUACGAAACUGGAGCCGAAGAACGAAGGAAGAUGGUUAUGAGGAAUGUUACUGCUAUAGAACCGGAGUGGCUGCCUAUUUAUGUACCACAAUUGUGUAAUUUGGGCGAUCCUCUAUCAGACCCGGCUCCAAGAUACGAUGAGAAAUCGGGCAGAGUGAAGUCUCACUUCAAAGGAACAUUCGGUAAAGCUGGCUGGGAGUUACCUAUAGUGGAAAUCGAUUUUCCCGACAAGAUUGAUAGAUACAAAUGGUUCGGCCGUUAUCUUCUAGAGGGAGUUGUUUUCCCCAAGUUGAAGAAGUAUACAAGUUCAUUACUAUCCCCACCUUCGACUAUGGUGAAGAGUUGGGCUAAACUGCAGCCCAGGACUGAGGUGCUUCUGAAGGCGUUGAUAGCCAAAAGGGCCGGGACCAGAGACGCUUUGAGAGCCGUGUGGGUGCAACAAAGCAAUUUUCUACUGGAUGAAUACCUGAAAUGGGUCCCGGAGUCAGCUCACAACGAGGUGACAUUGUACUGGCCACCUUUAUAA